AUGGCGAAAUUGGGAGCAACUUCCUCAUGUCUCCUCUCAUGUCUCGUUCUCUUGUUUUUGGGUUCAGUUUCAGCAAUCACAGAUGAUCUUCAAGAUAAACAGGUGUAUAUCGUCUACAUGGGUUCACUUCCUUCACGAGCGGACUACACACCAAUGUCACAUCACAUUAAUAUACUUCAAGAGAUCACUGGAGAAAGCUCGAUCGAAGGUCGUUUGGUGAGAAGUUACAAGAGGAGUUUCAACGGCUUCGCUGCACGACUCACUGAGUCAGAACGAGAACGAGUAGCCGAAAUGGAAGGAGUUAUUUCUGUGUUCCCGAGCGAAAACUACAAACUCCAAACGACGGCGUCUUGGGACUUCAUGGGGCUAAAGGAAGGAAAUAAUACAAAACGAAACUUGGCCGUAGAGGGUGAUACUAUUGUCGGCGUCAUUGACACUGGGAUUUGGCCGGAAUCCGAAAGCUUCUCCGACGAAGGCUUUGGUUCUCCUCCUAAGAAAUGGAAAGGUGUUUGUGCCGGCGGCGCAAAUUUUACGUGCAACAACAAGCUGAUUGGAGCAAGAGACUACACAAGCCAAGGCACUAGGGACAACGUAGGCCACGGUACACACACAGCGUCCACUGCGGCUGGAAACGCAGUCUCGGGAGCAAGCUUCUUUGGAAUCGGCAAUGGAACGGCAAGAGGCGGCGUUCCAGGCUCUAGAAUCGCCGCUUACAAAGUCUGCGCGGAGAAAGGAUGUAGCUCGGCAUCUGUACUGUCUGCGUUUGAUGACGCGAUUGCAGACGGUGUUGACAUCAUUAGCAUUUCUUUAGGGACAGCUUUUCCACGUUCUUACGAGCAAGACACAAUUGCGAUCGGGGCUUUUCACGCUAUGGUCAAGGGAAUUCUCACUGUGCACUCAGCCGGUAAUGGUGGACCGACUCCAAAAUCUGUCAUGAGCCUAGCGCCGUGGAUCUUAACCGUUGCAGCUAGCAACACGAACCGUGAAUUUGUCACAAAAGUUGUUCUCGAAAACGGCAAGACACUUGUCGGGAAAUCAGUAAAUUCGUUUGAUCUGAAAGGAAAAAAUUACCCUCUUGUGAACACUGUUUCUACAUAUGAGGGACCUCUGGUGAAGGGAAAAAUUUUGGUGAGCGGAUAUAUAAAUGGCUCAGAAGAAGCUGUUGCAACCAUAAAUAUAGAGCGAAAAGGCGGCGUUUCCUUGGUUAAGCCUACGCCUUUCUCUUCUCUAUCAAUAGAUGACUUUGACUCUCUCGUCUCUUACAUUAACUCCACAAAGUUCCCGCAAGGCACUGUUCUAAAAACUGAGGCAGUCUUUGACCAGACAGCUCCUAAAAUUGCUCGAUUCUCUUCUCGCGGUCCAAACUUUAUCGCAGCUGAUCUUCUAAAGCCGGAUGUAACAGCACCAGGAGUGGAGAUUCUCGCUGCCUUUUCACCUGUGGCUUGUCCAUCUUCACCAAAAUACACAAAGAGCGACACAAGAAGGGUCAAGUACAACGUUCUGUCCGGAACUUCAAUGUCAUGUCCACACGUUGCAGGCGUGGCUGCUUAUGUUAAGACAUUUCAUCCUGAUUGGUCUCCUUCCAUGAUCCAAUCUGCCAUCAUGACAACCGCGUGGCCGAUAAAUGGAACUGGCUAUGUAGCGAGUACUGAAACUGCCUAUGUAUCGAACGAGUUUGCAUAUGGAUCUGGACAUGUCGACCCAAUAGCCGCUCUAAAUCCUGGACUUGUCUAUGAAUUGGGCAAAGCAGACCACAUCGCCUUUCUCUGCGGCAUGAACUACAAUGUGACUACCCUAAAACUCAUUGCCGGGGAAGCCGUCAAUUGCUCCAAAGAAAGCGAAAUCUUACCAAGAAACCUCAACUAUCCCUCAAUGUCGGCUAAAUUGUCUAACAACAUGAGCUCCUUCUCCGUCACUUUCGACAGAACCGUCACCAAUGUAGGUCCCCCAAACUCCACAUACAAGUCCAAGGCAGUAGCGGGUAUUGGAUCUAAGCUCAGCGUCGAGGUCACGCCUAGUGUUCUGUCUUUUGAGAACGUGAACGAGAAGAAAUCUUUCAAGGUGACUGUUACAGGCAGCGAACUCGACCCAAAACUGUCUUCGACUGUGAAUCUAAUCUGGUCCGACGCUACUCAUAACGUGAGAAGUCCCAUUGUCAUUUAUAAUAAUUUUAAAUACUGA